CUCGUGCACUCUUGAGUAGCUUGGAAUUUUCUCUUCCUGAGAGACUCGCUAGCUCCAAUUUGUCUCCCAUACUUCUGCAUUGAUCCAAGUUUUGAUCGUACAAUCCCAGCCAUGACUCAAGAAGCAUCCCCUCCGCUCCCGGAGGGCAUUUUCUCGCUGCUUGAUACGGAUUUGUACAAGUUGACGAUGCAAUGCGCCAUCCUCAAAUACUUCCCUGAUACUUAUGUCACCUAUGGCUUCACGAACCGCACCGCCGACAUGAAGCUGACGCGGGGUGCUUACAAAUGGCUUCUGGCACAGCUGGACAAACUCGGAAACAUCCAAGUUACAAGCGAGGAGAUCGAAUUCCUGAAGAAGAAAUGCCCCUACUUCAACGAUGCCUACCUGCACUUCCUGACCACAUUCAAACUCAAGCCCUCGGAGCAGGUCGAAAUUCACUUUACCCCCGGGGAGGGCGACACUGGCAGUGACGAAGAUAAGGGUGAUGUCGACUAUGUUGUCAAGGGUCUCUGGGUGGACACCAUCCUCUACGAGAUCCCGUUGCUGGCCCUGACCAGCCAAGCGUACUUCAUGUUCAGCGAUAAGGACUGGGACUACAGCUGCCAGGAGGAGAAGGCGUUCCGCAAGGGCUGCACGUUGUUAGAGCACGGGUGCAUCUUCUCCGAGUUCGGAUCCCGAAGAAGGCGCGACUAUCACACGCAAGACCUGGUCAUGAAGGGACUCUCUCGCGCCGCGGAGGAGGGGAAAAAGUGUGGCUGGAAGGGUGCGUUCACGGGCACGAGCAAUGUCCAUUUCGCCAUGAAAUAUGACGUGACCCCUGUGGGCACAGUCGCUCACGAAUGGUAUAUGACCAUCGCUGCCAUCACGGACGACUACGAGAACGCCAACGAGAUGGCUCUCCGGUAUUGGCUUGGUUGCUUCGGGGAAGGAGUUCUGGGCGUCGCCUUGACCGACACCUUCGGCACCCCGGCUUUCCUCGAUGCAUUCCGCAAACAUAUCCCCGCCUACACCAGCGCCGGCGUGGGCGCCGUCAGCACAACUGCCUCCGGGCCCGGCACGACGGUCCAAUCCACCAUCCAAAGCGAGGCACGGACAACGCCUCCCAUCUCUGCUCCCUUACAAGACACCCAGGGCGAGCAUCCAACCAAGACCUACGCCCAGGUCUACACCGGUGUGCGCCAGGACUCCGGCGAUCCCACCUACUUUGUGAAGAUGGUCCGCGAAUUCUACGACCGGGAGGGAAUCAAGGGACCCAAGACGGUCGUGUUCUCGGACUCCCUGGACAUCGAGCACUGUGUUGAAUACAAGGUCAUUGCCGAGGAAGCCGGCUUCCAGCCCGUUUUCGGCGUGGGCACCUUUUUCACGAACGAUUUCACCAACAAAUCCGACGGGGAGAAAUCCAAGCCCCUGAACAUCGUCAUCAAGAUCUCCACUGCCAACGGCCGGCCCGCCGUGAAACUUAGCGACAACAUGGGCAAGAAUACGGGCGACAAGGCAACUGUGCAGAGCGUCAAGAAGAAGCUCGGGUAUAUCGAGCAUGAGUGGGAGAAAGGUGAUGAGAAGAAUCGGUGGACGCAGAAGGAAUAGUGUCGCUUUCCCGACGCUUUUACCGACUUCCACCUACGCAGCCCUCGCGGCCUACUCCUAACCAUUGCUGAAUUUUCACCCUAGCGAGCGAGUCUCCCAAGCUAUCUACUCACUACCUUAGAUUCGCGGGCCUUUUCCAGAUUUAGUGCUGGGUUUGAACUUAUGACUGUACGAAGUAGAGAAUUAGAAAGACGAAGACAUACAAGGGGA